GUAAAAUUCAAAAAAAUUUAAAACUAAAAACAAAAUAAAAUGAAGUAAAGAGUGGGUGGUGUAGCCGUGUAGGGGUACACAAGUGUGUACCCCGAAAUCACCAGUUCGUGCAAAUUUCCAUCUUCCAGCGGCGCAGCUUCCGGUCUUGCCAGCGCGGAUCUUCGUCGACGACCCAGCACCGGCACCGGCAUUUCAUCUUCUCCCAUCCGGCGAUUCUUCUUCCCCGCUGCAACUCCGGCUAUAGGUUAUCAAACCCGAAUGAGAAACAGAGAGUAGAAUGAGUCGGCUUGCCAAUAUUGAAAAACAUGUUCUUGGUCAAAUUCAGAAGCUAGAAUAUGAUAAAGCACUGCUGUUUAUCGAGGCAUGCUUGGAGCGGUGUACUGGUUAUUCGAGAGAAAAAGACGAAGAGCAGUGUACUCUCUACGAGCUGCGUGCAAUGGUCUACAAUAAUAAAGAAGAGAGUGAAGCUGCCCUUGGGGAGGCUUGGUUAGCUUUUAAGACUCACAGAAAAUACCGGAGCUUCUUCAAGUAUUCAGAAGUCGCGAACAUUAUUGGGGAGUAUAUCUUGGGGCAAGAAGAAUUUGGCCGUGCCAUCAGUUUCUUUGAAGAUGCAGUCGAGCAUGCUAGCAAGGAUAACUGGAAAGAAAAGUUCAAUAGCCACUUGUGUGUGCUAUAUGAAGCUCGGAAGGAAUACACGAAAUCCAAAUGCAAAAGUGCGAAAAAGAAGGCUGGUCCCGUGCAAGAUACAGUACUCAAAAAAUUGAAGCCAAGGCUGAAGUUUCUUCUGGAUAGCAUGCAGAGGGACUUGGGUUCCAAACAAAAAUGACCGUUGUGGACUAUGAUUACAGUGGCGGCGACUCGGGUGGACAAACGACACAUCAAUGGUGACCUUUGAUACAUAUAUAUUGGCUAUGAGAACAAAAAUGAAAGGCACAUGCGAAAUAAUUAUACUUUGUUUUUAUAUUUGAAGUUAUUACAAACAUAAUACGGAUUUACACCGAGGUCUAUGGGGGCUCGGGACUCUGUGGAACG